AUGGAAUUACAGUCGUUGGGAAUCACCCGACCAGAACUUCUCACCUUCUCACCUUCUCACCUUCUCAGACCUCAAGGACACAUACAACCAAGUUUCACAUGUGAUUGUGACUCUCCUAACUGUGAAGAAGAAUCCGGUUGGCCUUUAAAAGCAAUUGGAAACGGCGACGCAGCAACAUAUGUGAAAUGCGGAGAAGGUGACGCCAAUGCGGAUAAAGAUAGUUUGGAAGUUAUGAUCAAAUAUGAAGAAGAGUUGCGAGGAAAAAGCCCAUUGUCCGCAUCGGUUAUGUUCAAUAUUCGUCUAUCGUGCGCGGGAUGGAAAUCAAGAACAAAAUGGAAUUUCGUUGGCGAGUGUUCCUCCUAUUGA